AUGGGCUCUCAUCCAAACUCGAGCGAACACAUCCUCAUCACAGGAGCUGGUGGAUUCAUUGGUCAGGAACUCUCCAAUGCUCUCCUAUUGUCGGACCCGAGCAUUCAAUUGACACUCGCGGAUGUUUUCGAACCACCAAGUCCAAAUGCAUCUCGCACCGCAUCCGUCAAGGCAGAUCUCACAACCCAGGCAGCCGUAGACUCAUUACUGUCUAGCCAGCAAUGGAGCACGUGCUAUCUUCUCCAUGGGAUCAUGUCCGGAGGAGCUGAAGCAAACCUCGAUCUAGGGCUUGCCGUCAACGUCGACUCUCACCGACUCACACUGGACUACCUGCGAAAACAGCAGCCAGGCGUUGUUGUCGUCUUCCCUUCUUCCUUAGCCGUUUACGGCCCUCCAGAUUCGCCGGAUCAGCAGUACGAUGAGAAGACUAUCCCGAUACCACAGUCUUCCUAUGGUGCGGAGAAGCUUAUCGUCGAGACACUGGUGAACGACUACUCACGCCGUGGGCUCAUCGAUGGACGCGUUGUCAGACUACCUACUGUCAUCGUGCGGCCUGGUGCACCUUCAGCCGCGGCGUCAAGUUUCGCAUCAGGGAUUGUUAGGGAGCCACUGAAGGGCGUGCAGUCAACUCUUCCCGUUAGCAAAGACCUUGCCAUGUGGGUUUGCUCGCCCAAGACAGUGGUCAAGAAUUUGGUCGCCAUGAAGGAUGUUCCCAAAGAGAAAUUCGCGAAGAACCGAGGGCGUGUGGUAAAUCUACCGGGACAAACAGUCACCGUACGUCAGAUACUAGAAGCGUUGGGCGAAGUUGGUGGUGAGAAAGCAUUGAAGCUCGUGGAGGAGAAGCAUGACCCGAAAGUGGAGGCUAUUGUUGCUAGUUGGCCGGCGAGGUUCGAUAUCUCACUUGCACAAGGAUUGGGUAUGAAGGAGGAUAUCAGUCUGAAAGAAGAGGUGCAGAGCUUCGCAGCGAGUCUCAAGUCAGAAGCUUAG